CUUUUAAAGAGGCAACCACUCCCCUCCCUCCGCUUGAGCGAAGACACUCUGGCCUUCAGACAUCUCUUAUCCUCUUUGAAUCUGGACACUUGUCCUUUCCCAAAUUCUGCCCCUCAAAAGUCUAUUGAGCUGGGGCCUAGCCUCCGCAUGUUCAAUCGUUAUGACAGCGUGGCCUCUGAUCUUGUGAUUUGGCCUGUGGACGUGAUCGAAUUACAUCUUUACUGAACAAGCCGUGCUCUCAUCAUCUUGCCAUCACCCCAGAGUGUCAAUUAUCACGAGCUUACUGAAUCACGACCUUCGUCAUAAAUUCGUCACGUCUUGUAGUAUGGAGAACACCAUGUCCGCCGUGGACUCAUUACCCAGCACCCCGGCAUCGGAGGUGCCGGUGUUAACUGUCUCCCCGGCCGACACAUCGUUGGACAGCCCAGAUUCGAAGACGCAAGAAGUCCAGACAGAGGAGAAGAAGCCCGCGAAGAAGCGAAAGUCAUGGGGCCAGGAACUCCCAGUCCCCAAGACCAACUUGCCUCCUAGGAAACGUGCCAAAACAGAAGAUGAGAAAGAACAGCGCCGUAUUGAACGAGUCCUUCGGAAUCGUGCGGCGGCCCAGACCUCCCGGGAGCGCAAGAGGCUUGAAAUGGAGAAGUUAGAGAAUGAAAAGAUACAGAUGGAACAACAGAACCAGUUUCUCCUUCAGCGGUUGUCUCAGAUGGAAGCAGAGAACAACCGCCUGAGCCAACAACUUGCCCAAUUAGCUGCCGAAGUCCGCGGGUCUCGUGCCAACACCCCGAGGCCUGGCUCUCCGGCAACAACAUCUCCCACCCUCACACCUACAUUGUUCAAGCAAGAGCGCGACGAACUUCCUCUCGAACGUAUCCCCUUUCCUUCCCCAUCUCUGAGCGAUUAUUCCCCCACAUUGAAGCCUUCCACUCUGGUUGAGUCCUCCGACGUGGCACAACAUCCUGCAGCGGUGUUGUGUGACCUGCAGUGUCCGUCGCUGGACUCGAAGGAGAUGGAACCGCCCUCCCAUUUUUUGAUCUCGGCUCCGGGCUUAAACAUCACCCUGCAGAUGACAUUGCAGCUCCUCUUUCUGACGAUGACUUCAACCGCCUAUUCCACGGUGAUUCGUCCGUUGAGCCAGAUUCUUCAGUCCUUGAAGACGGGUUCGCCUUUGAUGUUCUCGAGGGAGGAGAUCUAUCAGCAUUUCCAUUUGAUUCUUUGGUUAAUUUCGACUCCGAGCCGGUCACCCUCGAGGGCAUCGAGAUGGCCCACGGCCUUCCGGAUGAGGCUUCUCGCAAGACUUCUAGCGUGCAACCCAGCCUUGGCGCGUCCACUUCGCGAUGCGACGGGCAGAGCAUUGCAGCUGGCUGUUAGCGAAAGUCUCACUCGGGGAAGCAUGUCGGUCGCCGAUGCCCAGGGGGCUCGAUGCAGCUGGGAGUCGUUGCUAACCUUAUUAUGGACGAUAGACCGACUUGAGAACCCGGGACGACGCAGGCAAAUUUUGCAUGGUUUGAGGACAACGCAGAUCGAUCGGCACAGUAAUUUGGGAAAGCGUAAGGGGAGUACUCGGAGUUCAUGGCGUUCAAAUAAUACUGAGGCGUUGACGUCUCUACUUAUGGACAAGGAAUGUUGAGGGUUUACCUGUACAAUAAUAAUCCUUUAAAUCGUCUCAAAUACGAAUGAGAGCACUGCCGGCUGAGAGGUUUUGUUCCAAUCUAAGUUUUCCAUGCACAUGUCCAGUAUCGCU